CCGGUUGCCAGGUAACCGAGCGAGCGUGCCCUACCUGGCAGUUUUAAGCCCCAAGGCCGAGCCCCAUGGUGGGGCCCGCCUUAGUCCCUGGUCUCGCUGGCCGAGGGUGGGACUUUUUUCUGUAGAGUUUUAUUUUUUUUUCAAUUUACAUUUUAUUUUGCGUAUAGGAGAAACAUAUCUCCUCCUUUAAAAUAGGGAAGACUUAUAAAACUGAUUUUGUGCGAGUUAAAUAGUCUCAGGUUUGCCUGCUCGGGCCUAGUCGGACUUCUUUACCCAGAUGCUCAGCUUUAAAACAAGUCCUCGGAGAGAAACCUCUUUGCAGUCCCUGAACUUGGGACUUGGGGACCUGGUAGAACUUUCUGGACUGUUUCACACCAGUGAGUGUUGAAGGCAAGAUUCUGGGAAAAGCAACAAAAAGCCUUUCAGUGGAGGUACCGGCUUAAAGACUGAAGUUAUUUUUUUCCUCAAGAUGACCAAAGCGCCAGCCACCAAAAAGUUACAAAGAGUCCCCAGCAAGGCCAUUUGGCUCUUUUCUGGCUCAGAUCAGCUGACCCAGGCCUCAGACAAGACGGUGAAGAGCACCAAGUCUAUGGACAAGGAGAUAGUAAACCUCAAAAAGGAUCUCAUCCGAAGCCGCUUCCUGAUCCAGUGUGUGAAGAUAGGCCGUGGCUACUUCACCAUGCUGCAAGAGGAAACUGCCUUUAAAAAGCAUCAGCAGCAUCUCAAGAAGCUGCAGGAAGAAGAGUUAAACAAGUUCCAGCCAGCCAAGAAGUACUCGGACAUCCAAUGCAGAGACACUCUGCUGACCACCUACGAAUACGAAAAGAUGAAGAAGUUGGAGGCCGGCAUCAUCAUCCGCCCGUUCACACCCAUCCACAACUGUAUCAUGGCGCCCUCCCUGCCUGAGUCUCACGUGGAUCCCCUCUUCCGCCAGCUAUGUGCUCUCCACUGGCUUCUAGAGGCCCUGACUAUCGACCACACCCACCACACCAUGAGGCCUGUGAUUGCCUGUUGGAACCCCAAGGACCCCGGUGGCAGCAAGAGCACGAUAAAGAAGAUUAACAAGGACAAGUCCAUGGGGCAGAGGUGGGAUCACUUCGUCACGGCACCCAAGACCAAGAAAUUCAAAGCCCCUGCCAUCCGCAGCUUAGCCACCCGAAAACCCAGCAGGCGAGGCUCCGCCCUCAGCCUGACUCGGACCAGUGGGGGCUCUUCUCCCCAGAGCAGCAUGAUGUCAGUGAACCCCAGCUCUGACGAGCCCACCGGCAGCAAAGACAUCGAAGACAACGAGUCAUCCUCCACUAAGCCGGAAGAGGAAGUUCUCCACUUCAGCUUACAGAAGCUCCUGGAGAUGGUCCGGGAAGACGCCCGAAGAACCAUCCUGAUGGAGACCGAGAUGCAAAAGAAAGCCCCCAGCAUCCUGUCUUUAGUCAAGCAAGUCAAGAGUGACUAUGGGUGGAAGGACUGGCAGACCACACACAAGUCCAGUGAGCGGUCCAGCACUACGAGUGGAGAAAGCCACAUCCAGGUGACCCAGAAGAAGUCAAAGGGCAGCCGAGCUAACCGGGACAUCAUCUAUUGCAAGACAGGGAUCUGUAACACCAUGCGAGCCAAGUUUUACAGCGUAGCCCAGGAGGCUGGCUUCUGCCUGCAGGACAAGAUGGAAAUCCUCAAGAAGCGCCAAGAGGAACGAGGCCUCCAGAAGUUCCACUCCUUUAUUGUCACCUCGAACUUCCAGAAGGACAUAGCAAAGAUGAGGCACCAGGUCUCGAUGGUGAAGGGAGAUGCGGAGGAGAUGGCCGACCACUGGUACUUUGAUCUGCUGUCCAAACUCCCAGAGGAUCUGAAGAGCUUCCGGCCGGCCAAAAAGAUCCUAACAAAGCUGCAGAAGUUUGGUGAGAACCUGGACCUCAGGAUCCGGCCCCACGUCCUCCUGAAGGUGCUCCAGGACCUACGGAUCUGGGAGCUGUGCUCCCCAGACAUUGCAGUGGCCAUUGAGUUUGUGAGAGAACACAUCAUUCACAUGCCGCAGGAGGAUUACGUCAACUGGCUGCAGAGCAGGGUCAACAUGCCCAUCCGGCACCGCCCCAUCCUGACAUAGAGGGGCCGGUCCCCGUGGAGGAGGGCAAGCCAACGCCAUGUCCCUAAGCCCAGCCUGUGCCAUAGCCUCCUCUCCUCUCUCACGGACGCACGGCAUGGAGCAGUGAGAUGGGUUGAAGACACUUUUAACAUUAAAGUUGUUGGAGAGGGUGGUCCCAGGUGGCCCUCCCCUCCCUCACCACGUUCCCUGUCUCCGCUCACUGUUCAAAGCCGACUCUGCCUUCUCUCCCAGACUCCAUCACCAUCCCUCUUCCCCGAAAACCCUGGAUAAUAAAACUAAGCUGGAUGUCUGA